AUGGCUUCUCUAUCAAGUGAUGAUAACGUAGAUGAUAUCCGCACAUGGCCACAGUAUAUUGUGGAUUACUUUGUUCAAUUGGUUCAUGAUGAAGCCAAAAAUGGGUUACAAACCACUACAUUGGAGAAGAAGAAAUGGGGAGAAAUAGAUAAUGCUCUCUUUGCUAAGUUUGGUAAGAGAUACAGCAUUCCUAAGUUGAAAGCUAAAUUCAAUCGACUGCGUAUAGAGCAUAGGGAAUUUGCAAGGUUAGUGAGUGAUACCGGUAUGGGUUGGGAUCCAGUUGCAAACACGGUCACUGCAAGUGAUGAUGCUUGGAAGCGUUACUUGAAGAAAUAUCCUGGUGCAAAAUCCUUCCGUAAAAAGGAGACAUAUUGGACAACAUGGAAGGAGUGGAAGAUGAUGUAUAUCUCAAAGCCAUUGACAAGGACUGUACCAAAGGGAGUAUUUGGAAGAGAUUUGGUUGUUAACUGGCAUAUCAAAAAGAUCCAGAGUAUUAAAAUGGAAUCCAGGGAUACAAGUGACUCAUCCUCAGACUCGGAAGACUCGUUCAUGGAAUUGCUUAUGGUUAAGGAGUUGCAUAAGCGUUAUAUUAAGAUACCAAUGAUGACAUCAGUGCUUAGUGGGAGAGAGUUUAUUUUGGAGUUACUGAAUGGACAUCCAAGACGAAUGUACAACUUGAUGAGAAUGGAUCCUUCUACAUUUAUGCUGUUGUGUUCAACUUUAAGGACCAAUGACUUCUUACAAGAUGAUAGAUCAGUUUUAAAAGCAUUAUGUCGCCUUGGAUGCCUUAUAAUUAAACCUCCCAAUAUGGAUGAGAUACCUCCAGAGAUUAUGACAAAUCCUAAAUUCUAUCCAUGCAUCAUUAGCUUCGCCUUUACAGUUGAUAAUUCAAAACAGGAUUGUGUUGGUGCUAUUGAUGGAACUCAUAUUAGUGCCUGUGUACCUGCUUCUAAACAAAUUCCAUUUCGAGGCAGAAAAGCUCAAAUCACGCAGAACAUUAUGUGUGCUUGCUCGUUCGAUAUGUUGUUCACAUUUGUAUAUACGGGAUGGGAAGGAACUUCCAAUGAUGCAAGAGUACUCAUGGAUGCCAUAUCGAACGAAGAAAACAAAUUCCCAAUGCCCAGAGAAGGAAAGUAUUAUGUUGUUGACUCCGCUUACACAAACAUGCCUGGGUUUUUGACACCUUAUCGUGGAGAACGGUAUCACUUGCGUGAUUUUAGGGGAAGAAGUCGACAAGCAAAGGGUCCUAUGGAAUUAUUCAAUCAUAGGCACUCCUCUUUACGUAAUGUUAUUGAACGUUGUUUUGGAGUGUGGAAAAGUAGGUUUCCAAUAUUGAAAUGCAUGCCAAAUUAUCCACUUCGCAGACAAAGACUCAUUCCCGUUGCAUGUUGUACUUUACACAACUUCAUUCGCUUAAAUUCAAGGAAUGACGAACUGUUUCGUCAAUUCAUGGCAGAAGAUCUUCUAGUGGCAGAUGAAGAAAGUUCAAGUACUGGUCAAGAAAGCACAACAAUUGACAUUGAUGUUAGCACAGCGAAUAUUGAGCUGAUGAAUAAUGUUAGAGAUGACAUAGCAGGGACAAUGUGGAUUUAUCAUCAACGCCGACAUCACCACCAACGCCUUUAG